CCAUCUCUGGAAAGAGCAUAAGAACAGAAAAGCAAAUUGGGUGGAAAACUGGCGUAGAUGUGCGGAAAAUUAUUUAGUGCAGUUUAACGGUCGAGUAUUAAAAACGCUACAAUUAAGAUAUAUUAUAAAUAGUGCAAGGCAAUAGAAACCAAAUUAAAAGUUAGGAAACACCGCUCGCCGAGUGAUUGUGAGUGUAUAUGUCUGCGUCUGUUGCUGCUACUACUGCUGCCGGACGUUCAGCCAUAGAAGAAGUGGCAAGAGCAGAGGAGAGCAGAACGAAUGGGAGUGAAGAAGAAGAACUAGCUGCAAGAAAAGCCUUGCUGUUGCCAUAAUUACGGUAGCUUUGUGGGAGUUCAAGUUUAACAGCGCGCGCCUCUAAGUGUGUGCGUGUGUGUGUGUGUGCAAUCAUUUUCGAUGUGUGCGUAACACCCCCAAAGGCGCUCUCUUUGGCACAAGUUGUAAAGUUACAACAACAGCAACAACGGUAGCACCAAUAACAACAAUAACAAUAACUGCUUGUUAGCAGUGAAGAGGGGGAAAGAGAAGAGAGACUGCCGUUCGCUGACUUGUCGUUUGUUUUGUGCGCACAUUCGCGUGCUUCUCUUUGUUUCGGUUGGGCGCUGCGCUUUAUUUUAUUUUGUGAUAUUUAUUUUGUGAGUGUGCAACGCUAGCGGCGAACAGCUUCGCUUUGUGGCCAUCAGCUGGAUACGGAUUUUGUGACGGCGGCGAGACCAACAACGCCGAAGUGGAUGCACAUGCACGCGGUGGCCUGGGCAUUGCCCAGGACUUUGGCAUGGCCGGACCGGCCGCUGGUCCGCCGGCACAUAUGUAUGGCGCCAUAGCGCAACAAGACAUAAUUGUUCGGGAUAUGGUGCAAAUGCCGCCGCCACCGCCGUCGAAUGCGCCCACCUCGGCGGAUGCCUGCCUGAGCAUCGUUCAUUCGCUAAUGUGCCAUCGGCAGGGUGGGGAGAGCGAGGGCUUUGCAAAGCGCGCCAUAGAGUCGCUCGUUAAGAAGCUGAAGGAGAAGCGAGACGAAUUGGAUUCGCUGAUAACAGCAAUUACCACGAACGGCGCCCAUCCAAGCAAAUGCGUCACCAUACAGCGUACGCUCGACGGCCGACUGCAGGUGGCCGGCCGUAAGGGCUUCCCGCAUGUGAUCUAUGCGCGCAUCUGGCGCUGGCCAGAUCUGCACAAGAACGAGCUGAAACAUGUGAAGUACUGCGCCUUUGCGUUCGAUCUCAAGUGCGAUUCAGUCUGUGUGAAUCCCUACCACUACGAGCGCGUCGUCUCGCCGGGCAUCGAUCUGUCCGGCUUGAGCCUGCAGUCGGGACCCAGUCGAUUGGUCAAAGAUGAAUACUCAGCCGGCUCUCUCGUUGGCAGCAUGGACAUUGAUGGCAACGACAUUGGUACAAUUCAGCAUCAUCCCACGCAGAUGGUCGGUCCGGGUGGCUAUGGCUAUCCGCCACAGGGUCCUGGACCCGGUGAAUACGUCACCGAUGCUAAUCAAAUGAGUGCAAUGUUUGCUGCCGGUCGCGCAAUACCAAAAAUUGAGCCAACGGACAGCGGCGGGCCAGUGCGCAGCUCGUGGAUGUUGCGACAUCCGCCACCGCCGCAGCAGCAACAGCAGCAGCAGGCGGCGCCACAGCAGCAGCCACAGACCCAAUCCCAGCCAGCGACGCACGCACUUUCCGUACCUCAUGGCAUGCCGGGCAUGAGCGCCAUGAAUCCUGGCUCCGGUCCCGUUAUGGCGCCCCCACCCCCGCCCACACAAGCACAGAACGCACAAGGUAAUGGCGUGCAUCAUGCCCAGGCCAGCUCACCCACAGAUCCAGGCACGAUGGCCAUGCAGCAGCAGCAACCGCCGCCGGGUGGCGGACCCAAUGUACCAAAUGUGGCCAGCAAUUCAACCGGAGGAGCUGCUGGCAGCUCCGCUCAGUACUAUGGGGCGCCGCCCGCUGGCGCACAAAUGCAGAGCGUGGGCAACGAUGUCGGUAAAUUUAGCAGCAGCGGCAACAGUGGCUCUGGACCAACCACCGUGCAUGCCCAGCAACAACAGAAUGGCUAUGUGCCUCAACCGAGUGGCCAGGGAGCUGGCGCCAAUAGCUACGGCUCAUCUCAGCCUCCGUCUGCACAGCAACAGGCUACAGCGGGCAAUCAGCCAAAUGCUGGCGGCGCUGCCCAGGCCAGUGGUGGUGCUGGUGCCGGUGGAGCAGCAGGCACCUGGACGGGACCCAAUACGCUCACCUACACACAGUCCAUGCAGCCGCCUGAUCCGCGCUCCCUACCCGCCAGCUACUGGAGUACGGCGUUGCCUGGGGAUCUGGCCUCACCGCAACAGGCGCCGCCCCAGCAACAGCAGCAGCAACAACAGCAACAGCCACGAUUGCUGUCACGCCAGCCGGCGCCGGAGUACUGGUGCUCCAUUGCCUACUUUGAGCUGGACACACAGGUCGGCGAGACUUUCAAAGUGCCCUCAGCCAAGCCCAAUGUAAUCAUCGACGGCUACGUAGAUCCCUCUGGAGGCAAUCGUUUCUGUCUUGGCGCUCUCAGCAAUGUCCACCGCACUGAGCAGUCCGAGCGGGCCAGGCUACACAUAGGCAAGGGAGUGCAAUUGGAUCUGCGCGGAGAGGGCGAUGUCUGGCUGCGCUGUCUUAGCGAUAAUUCUGUGUUCGUACAAAGCUAUUAUUUGGAUCGCGAGGCGGGUCGCACGCCGGGCGAUGCCGUGCACAAGAUCUACCCAGCUGCCUGCAUCAAAGUGUUCGACUUGCGUCAAUGCCAUCAGCAGAUGCACUCGCUGGCCACCAAUGCACAGGCUGCUGCGGCAGCACAAGCGGCCGCCGUGGCAGGCGUUUCCAAUCAACAAAUGGGCGGCGGCGGUAGAAGUAUUACUGCUGCUGCUGGCAUCGGUGUGGAUGAUCUGCGUCGAUUGUGCAUACUGCGGCUGAGCUUUGUGAAGGGUUGGGGACCUGAUUAUCCACGUCAAUCCAUUAAGGAGACACCCUGCUGGAUCGAAGUGCAUUUGCAUCGUGCGCUGCAGCUGCUCGAUGAGGUGCUGCAUGCCAUGCCCAUCGAUGGAGCCGCUGCCUAAUGAUCGGACCACACACAACAACAACAACACAGAAACAAACAAACAACCAACACACACCCAUAAGCACACACAAGCAUAUUUAUUAUUCAUAGCAAGCAGCACACCACGUCUAAAUGUUAGUUUUAAGCAUAAAGUUUGAGCAGCUAUCGUUAGGUUCAAGUUAAGCGAAAAGCAAAACAAAGAAAACAAUGGGUAUGAAA